AUGAAAUCAACAAGAUUCACUGGCAACAAUUUAGUGAUUGGUUUAAGAGAAGGGUCGCACGCAUGGAAGAAGCAAGGAGAUCAAAAAGUAACUGACGAAAUCAAAUGGCUUGCAUGUGGUCCACUUAGAGUUGUGCAAAAAUACUCAGGAUACCUAGUUAAAGAAGGUGCAAAUUAUUCCAGUAGUCGAGAUAGAAGGCCAGUCGAAGGCGUGAAUAACUACUAUGGAAAAUUAACUGACAUUAUUGAAUUAAACUACUCUGGAAUGAUACGAGUAGUUUUAUUCAAAUACGAGUGGGUUGACAUCAACAGAGGUUGCAUGAAAGAUGGCAAUGUAACAUUGGUCAAUUUCUCAUAUAAGACACAUACCGGUGUUAACUUAAUUGAUGAUCCCUUUGUUUUAGCAUCACAAGUCGACAAGGUGUUCUACUCCAUGGAUCCUAAACAUAUAGGUUGGGAGAUUGUGCGGCAUUUAAAGCUUAGAGAUGUAUUUGACAUGGGAGGUGCUUAUGAUGAUAUAUUUGAUGUACCUAACUUGCAUAGGGUUGGUGAUGAUGGCAUAGAUGUUACACCAGAAAAUGAAAGGAACUUCUAUGAACUCAAAACAGUGGUGUGGUUGUUAUGGAGGAUGGGUAGGCAUAAAAGGAUAUGCAUCACCUCAACUGAUAUCCCUAUUGACAAUGAGAUAUAUGAUCAAAGUUCUGAGUUUUAUGCAACUGAUAUCCCUACCGAAGGAGAUCAAUCGGGCCAUACACAAACUACUGAAGGAGGCCAGUCUACUGUUGAAGAACACAACUCUACUGAAGGAGGUGCUCAAAAGAAGGUGAGGGGUUAUACUCAAAAGACCGAGACAUGGAACAUGAGUAGCUCCCAAAAAAUAGUAGUGACAUUUAAUAGGUUCGGAAAACCGAUAGGAGAUGAAGGAAAUGAACGCGUACAAUACCUUGGGACCCUUGUGAGGAUGGCUAAUCAUGUUGGAAUAUAUUAUGAUGAUUGGAGGAAGAUCCCUAUACAAAAGAAAAAAGAUAUGUAUUCUAUGGUUAAGCAUGGGGAAAAAUGGAGGACUUGGAAAGUUUCACUAAAAGCACGUACAUAUGAUUCAAGUCUUACAAUCGAUCAAGUUGUGGCACAACAAACUGAAAAAGAUAACAGGGUGAACCCAACUCAGUUUAAAAACCUUGUUACUCAUUGGUUUACUCCAGAAUAUCGGAGCAUGUGUGAUUUGAGGAGAAAGAGUCGUGCAAAGAUGGAAGAGCCCCAUGUUUAUGGGACAAAAUCAUUUGCUCGACUUGUUCACAAAGAGGCAUUGAAGAAUGGUGUAUACCCAACACGGGGACAAAUAUAUGUAAAAAUCCGCACUCGUAAUAAUGGAGAUAUCGUGAAUGAAAAAGUCGCUCAUGUUAUGACUUCCCUACAAGCCAUUGCAAGCGAUUCCUCAAAUACCCAAGGAUCAAGUACCCUAGGAUAUGUAGAUGAUUUUUCAAAUGAUGACUAUUCUAAAGUUAAAGGUCCUGAAAAAAGAGAACAUAUCCCAAAUGCAAACUUGUUUGGAAUUCUUAGCAAUAUGAACAUACAGAUGCCAAGCAACACUUCUACAGGUCCACACAACUCUAAUUCAGUUAACCAGAGGGCAUCUUCUGAAAGUCAUCAUAACGAUGUUCUCUCUUCAUCUAGAAGAUUGUUUUUCCCAGGAGAUAUCAUGGCAGACUUGCUAUUUCUGAAACGUGGUGAUGGACAAAUCAUGAAACUGGAAGGUGACAACAUAAUACACGAAUUCGUGGAAAUAAAAAGAGAAGCAUACGUUCAUGUACAAGUAGUUGGAGACGUUUACAAAGCGCUGCGUGUAAUCGAACGUGAUCCUCGUGUUAGAGAUAGAAUCAUGGCUCGAUUGUUUUUAGUCCCAAGAUUCAAAAAACUCUUUGAUUGGCUGAGUAAGAACUCGUUGAAGGAGCUUGAGUUGGUUAUUAAAGAAUUCAAAGAUUGCUUGAGCUACUCGCCAUUUCCGGCAUCAAUGGAGUUUGACAGACAAAUGGAACGUAAAGCUGGGUUUGGUUAUGGUGGUGCGUUGAUGAGGUCGCUUGGUCAUAUUCCCAGGGAGACUUCCACUUACUUUCAACAACAAUGGUUUAUGGGAUCCAAGAUUAAUUAG